UGCGUCAAGUUUUUGGUAAAGCAAGAGUUCGACAUCGCGCAGGAGCUGAUAGACGGAACGAUUCACUGUAAGCCCGGAGCGGCAGAGAGCCUGCUGCGAGAGCUCUGCUCCGCGCUGACCAGCAGCCGAAUUGAAGGUCUUCAAGGCAGGCAGGUUGACUUUACAGACUGCUGUUAUCAGACACAGUUACCAGUGGCUGCCAGAGCAACAGCUUCCACAGCCAUCAAGAGUAACAUCAGGUUGACAGAAGUGCUGGUAGAACCCAGCAUCUGCAUCAAUAGACAGAAGGCCGUUGCCAUCAUUAACAUGCACAUGGGAAUGAGGAUGCAAGAGAGGGCAGAGAAUCCACGACGGUUUAACAUUAAACCAAGUUUUGGACAGCGUGUGGUUCACCAUUUGGAUUGCAUCACGCCCUCUAUGAAUACAGCUAGUAUCCCAAAGAAGCAUUUGUUACCUCAUAUUCAUCAGAAACCAGAGACAAAAUAUGUUCAUUCUAAAGAACUUCAGGGAAAACAGCUGACAACUACCACCUCAAGAUAGAUAUUUAGAACCAUCUGGAUACUGCUGAAAGGAUUAAGCAGAGAGAUAUGGAACUUUUAAAUACAAACACUCUCUCAAUCACAA